AUGAGAUCAAAUGGAAGAUCAAGUCGUUGGAGGGAUAAUUUAGUUCUUGCAUUAACCAGGAAGAAAUAUUUGAUAAUACUUCUAUUUAAUGUAGAUUAGCAACACUAUCCCUCACAUUCUAACGAUGCAGCUGGUGGUGUGGUUGUCUGUCAUGCUAUCUGUGUUGUACAGCCAGGAGACGAACGCCUGUCCUGACCAGUGUAGCUGUAGUAAAUCGUCUAGCUGUAAUGGGACUGAUGUAAAUUGUGAAGGUAAAGGACUGAGCAGAGUGCCCACCAACAUCCCUACGGACACUUGUAUACUAAAUCUGAAACGGAAUCAAAUUACUAUAUUACCAGAUGGGAUCUUGGAUACCCUUAUAAAUUUGCAGUAUAUAAAUCUGAGAUGGAAUCUAAUAACGACAUUACCGGAGGCCAUCUUUGAUCGUUUGGUGAAUUUGCUGGCUCUGUCUCUUCGAGACAAUAGAAUAACAACAUUACCCAGAGGAAUUUUUGACAACUUGGUGAAUUUGACGACUCUAUACCUGAGUAAUAAUCAAAUAACGACGCUUCAGAAACAGGGGUUUGGUAGAUUGAUGAAACUACAAACAAUCGCAGUCGACGGAAAUCCUUUGAAUUGUGAUUGUCGGUUAGUCGCCUUUCUCGGGUUUGCCGAAUCGAGAACCUUGACAUUAAAGAUCUCCAAAGAACCUUCGUGUCAAAGCCCUCUUAAUCUCAAAGGAACAUUGCUGAAGGACAAAGUACUUCAAGAAAUGGUUUGUGAUUCAGGUAAACUAUUUAUUCUUGUACUGCAGAUACUUGUCUUAAACAAACAUGCUUUCUUAUUAAUAUAACAUGUCCACUGAUACAUCU